AUGAUUACACAUCAUGGGAAAAUUGGAGAGGUCAAUAAAAUAGUGGAAAUCGACGAAUCCAAAUUUGGAAGGAGGAAAUACCACCGUGGCCAUAGAGUGGAGGGCCAAUGGGUUUUUGGAGGAGUCGAAAGAGAUAGUGGCCGUUGUAUUUUGAUUCCUGUUGAAAAACGAGACAAGGAGACAUUAUUAACGAUUAUAAAGGAGUGGAUUGAACCUGGGACCACUAUCAUCUCUGAUUGUUGGAAAGCUUACGACUGUUUGAAGGAAGAAGGUUUUCAGCAUUUAACUGUGAACCAUUCCAUUCAAUUUAAGAACCCCGACAAUGGCGCACACACAAAUAACGUGGAGGGGAUGUGGAGACACGCAAAGGCAUUUCUUUCGCAGUAUUGUAGAAAAAAAAGAUUUUUUACUGGGUACUUAGCGAAGUUUAUGUUCAUUAAGUAUUGUAAAUCGAUUAAUGUAGACCCUUUACCUCAAUUUUUUAAAAUAGCGGGGGAAUUAUAUGAUCCCGUUAAUGCUAUGUUGUUGGAAAAUAAUUCCGAUGACUUUAAAUCUGACGAUGAUACAGAAGGCAACUCUGAAUAA